AUGGAGCAGCAGUCGACAUUACCGCUGGAACUCGACGAGCUAGAACGGCUUUACAACCGGCUGGACGGGGAGGCUCCCACAGUCUCCAUGGACUACUCUAGAGACCACCUGACUCUCCUCGAGCUGCUCGAGUCGGAACCCGCGUCAAACAACUUCGUGGAGCGCCUCAAGAAGCAUCAUGACCUGCUCACGCUGUUGCAGAGCACAACAAAUGGCGAAUACACCGUUUUCGUCCCAGUAGACGCCGGCUGGACCGAAAGCGACAAGAUGCAGUGCCAUGAAAACAUGCUGGCAAUGCAUAUUUCCCCUCACUACCUCAGCACGACAGCUCUCAAAGACUGGCCGAAUCUGCCUACAUUACUGAGGACGGGAGCAUCCAACAGGAAACCCGUGCUUCAAUCCUCAUUUGCUUCCUCUGGCUGGUGGAUCAACAGAUGCAACCGCAUCGUCAAGAGCAACAUGGUGGCACGAAACGGAAUUGCUCACCUCAUUCAACGGCCGUGUCCACCACCUCCAUCAGUCGACUCUGUCGUGCAGGGCAGGCGAGACCUUUGCUUUGCAUCAGAGGCGAUCCGUCAGCUCAGCCAUGAAGAGCUCAUUUCGACUACGCAGGCACAGACCCUGGUUCUGCCCUCUGACGAGGCCUUUGACGAGCUUGGCAGCGACGUCGUGAACUUCCUGUCCAAGACGGAACAGGGCCGUCCCUAUAUGCUUGCGCUGCUGAAGCUGCACAUCUUGCCUCAGGUUACCGUCUUUUGCAACUUAAUCUGGCCGAAGAACGACACGGAAGAGAGAUGGGGCUCGUCUCAUGUGCCGAGGAAGAUUAAAGGCAAGGUUUGUUAUACCUUUGCGUCGCUGGCGAGCGAUAGGCAAGGCGGAGCCUUUUGCGUGACUGUGGCCUUUUAUCGGUUCAGAGGACUCGUCUCUAUGCUGGUCAAUCAGUUUGCUAGGGUCACUUCUCAAGAUCACUGUGCGAUGAAUGGAGCGGUGCAUGUUAUUGAUAGGGUUCUGCUGCCUCUAGGUGAUGAAAGCGCGACGAAUCCGGGUUUGGCGCACCUGACGGUCGAUCAGCUGAGGGAGGUUCUUGCAGAGUAUAUUUAG